UACAUGUGGACUCCAAGCGGAAACAGACGCAAGCAAGAUGGCAGAUACCGGUGGCAUCGUGGGGAAAGCAGAUAUUCGGACUGUCAUGUGGAACCCUGGCGGAUGGAAAAGUUUGCUUACAUUUAUCAUUCUUGCAUUAACAUGGCUUGCUGGAUUCAGCUCCAGAUUGUUUGCUGUCAUUCGCUUCGAAAGCAUCAUCCACGAAUUUGACCCCUGGUUCAAUUACCGAGCCACUCACCAUAUGGUAGAAAAUGGAUUCUACAAUUUUCUCAACUGGUUUGAUGACAGAGCCUGGUAUCCGCUAGGCAGGAUUGUUGGUGGAACGGUCUAUCCAGGUUUGAUGGUAACUUCUGGCUCCAUCCACUGGCUGUUGCAUUUCCUUAAUAUUCCAGUUCACAUUCGUGAUAUCUGUGUCUUUCUGGCACCCAUUUUCAGUGGCAUGACAGCACUGGCUGUCUAUCUUUUCACCAAGGAGAUAUGGAGUGCUGGUGCUGGUCUCUUUGCAGCAUGUUUUAUAGCCAUAGUUCCAGGAUACAUCAGUCGUUCUGUGGCUGGGAGCUAUGAUAAUGAAGGAAUCGCCAUAUUUGCUCUAAUGUUUACAUAUUACUUGUGGAUAAAAGCAGUCAAAACAGGACAGGUUUACUGGGCAAUAUGUGCAGCACUGUCUUACUUUUACAUGGUGUCAGCAUGGGGAGGCUAUGUAUUCAUCAUCAACCUGAUUCCUCUGCAUGUCUUUGUGCUGCUGCUGAUGGGCAGGUAUUCCACACGCAUAUACACAGCAUAUACAUGUUUCUACAUAGUUGGCCUCCUCUUGUCCAUGCAGAUUCCUUUUGUUGGUUUUCAGCCAAUUAGGACAAGUGAGCAUAUGGCUGCAGCAGGUGUAUUUGCUUUACUGAAUGUCUAUGCUUUCCUGCGCUACAUACAGACAUUCCUCACCAAAGCAGAAUUUCGCUACUUCUUCUUUUUAGCUGUCACAGUGGCAGCUGGUGCUGUGUUUACUGCUGUUGUUGUUUUGACGUGGGCAGGCUACAUUGCUCCAUGGAGUGGUCGCUACUACUCACUGUGGGAUACAGGCUAUGCUAAAAUACACAUUCCUAUUAUUGCCUCUGUGUCAGAACAUCAGCCAACAACCUGGGUGUCCUUUUUCUUUGAUCUUCACAUAUUAGUCUGUGCAUUUCCAGCUGGUGUUUGGUACUGUAUCAAGAACAUCAAUGAUGAAAGAGUGUUUGUUGUUCUUUAUGCAAUCUUUGCCAGCUACUUUGCUGGGGUCAUGGUCCGUCUAAUGUUAACCUUGACCCCAGUAGUGUGUGUCUUAGCUGCCAUUGCCUUCUCUAAAACGUUUGAAAUCUACCUGAAGGAUGAUACUCCCAAAAGUCAACAGAAGAACUCAGAAGAUGGAGGUGACAACAGGAAUGAUCGAUUAUAUGAUAAGGUGGGAAAAACAAAGAAAGUAAAGGAAGACAAGCCAAAGGAGGAGGAAGGCCUUGGGAUGAACAUCAAGAGUGUCAUUGUGAUCGCUUUGUUGAUGAUGUUGAUGCUGUUUGCUGUUCAUUGUACCUGGGUCACCAGUUCUGCCUACUCCAGUCCUAGCAUAGUGCUAGCCUCUUAUGGACAGGGCGGGAGCAGAACAAUAUUAGAUGAUUUCCGUGAAGCAUACUAUUGGCUGCGGCAGAACACACAUGACAAGGCCCGUGUUAUGUCCUGGUGGGACUAUGGAUAUCAGAUAGCAGGAAUGGGAAAUAGGACAACAUUGGUAGACAACAAUACAUGGAACAACAGUCACAUAGCCCUGGUGGGCAAGGCCAUGUCCUCCAAUGAAUCUGCAGCUUAUGAAAUUAUGCGUAUGCUAGAUGUGGAUUAUGUCCUGGUCAUCUUUGGAGGUGUCAUAGGUUAUUCUGGAGAUGAUAUCAACAAAUUUUUAUGGAUGGUUCGCAUUGCAGAAGGAGAACAUCCCAAAGAUAUUAGGGAAUCAGACUAUUUUACACCCCAAGGUGAAUUCAGAGUGGAUGCAGCUGGAUCAGAAACACUUCUCAACUGUCUUAUGUACAAGCUUUCUUACUAUAGGUUUGGUCAGUUGCAGCUGGACUUCCGCACCCCAAGUGGUUUUGAUCGUACACGUGGGGUAGAAAUUGGCAACAAGAACUUUGAGCUGACCCAUCUUGAGGAGGCCUACACCACAGAACACUGGCUAGUCAGAAUAUAUCGUGUGAAGGAUCUUGCCAACAGAGAACCUGUGCAGAGCCCGUCCAAACCUAACAAAAAAUCCAGGUCAAGUUUUUCUAGGAAGGGUAAGAAGGUGGGAUCCAUUAAGAACAAGCCCAAGAUAGUCAAAGGAAAAAAGAAGACAAGUUCCAAUAACAAAAAACCGCCCACAAAAUAGUCCUAAUAGUUAGCAAGCAUUUUUCGAAAUUAUUUGUUUUUCAUAUUUUAUUCAGUUUCUGGCUUCAAGGGAUUGUGUGCAUUGAUGCAUACACUUUGAUACAAGAAGAUGUACAUGCAAUGGGUCUCAGAGGUAAAUGUGUUCACACACCUACACACAGCAUACUUGCUCAGGAGACAGGGCUUUUAAAUCCUGUCUAAAUAGAGCAUAUAAAGAUUUCUUUUGUCAUGCCAUCUGUCAUACAUGCUUGUAGUGUGUGCUGUUCUUUAACAAUUCAACAACAGUCAUCACUUUCAAGCUGGAGUAUCCCCAAAUCCUUCCAUUCUGUUAUGUUUGUUGGUUGGAAAGAGACUUUCCUCUUCUCCUCUAAUUCCUGCUUAACUAGACAAAUAUAGACGAAUGUUUGAACAGCUUUUACAUGGUAGUUACAUGAAAACUUUGGCAAACUUGGUCAAACAUUUGUCCCAAUAUUUUUCCAGUUAAAAAGGGCCUUAAAUAAGCUGUCAGACAAAAUAUUGUUUCGUGUGUGUUAUCAUCAUUACUUUCUUUUCCCCAGGGUGGCAUUGAAUAUUUUAUGCCUGUUUUGUACAAUUUCAAGGUUUUAUGCUGUUAAGAACUGAGAAAAUGUGUAGCGAAAUUAGAAGGUCCAGAUGCAUUCAGUAAUGGUGCAUACGCAGUUUCAUGUGAUGUUCACCCAUUGUUGAGAAAAAUAAAACUUAACCUAGUUCACUCUCAAUCUUUGGUUGCAAUUUAAAAUGUAGCUUGGUGCAUGUUGAUAAAGGGAUGAGACCUAGACAUGUGUCAUGCAUUUGUUCUGUCAGUUUCAUAUUCAUCAUGUUAUUUGAGAACCCGUUUGGCAAUAUGCCAUCAGUUGUAUUUGAUGCAACCAUUCUUGUUUUUUUCCAGUUUUCUUUCUUAAUGCUUAAUAAUUUGGUUGGAAUUACACCAAUGCAUUGUUUGUGUAUUUGAUGUUUCAGUGACAUUAAUUAUGAUCAACAAAUACACAAAUGUUGGUUUAUUGAUUUAAUGAAACAGUGCUUCAUACUUUUCUUUUAGUUCAUUAUGUUUUUGGUGAGAGAUGGUAAGCUUUGUGUGGUUGUGAUGAUGUUUGUGUAGUCUGUUUGCCUCUGUGUGUGCAUACUGAAGUACAAGUGUAUACACCUGUAUCACACAUACAGACCGUUUACGUUUACAAAUGUGAUUGACAAGUUUUUAAAGGUGAUCAUGAAAAUAUAGCAGAAAUGAGUGGACAACAUCAACAUCAAUUGUAAUUAUGACAUCAGAAAGUCAUUGCUGUACAGAAUCUGCAAGUCUCUUUUUAUGGUGAGAGGAAAUAGAAUGCUUAUUGAUGUAAAUUAUGUUUACUCUGGUUAUGCAUUAAUUUUCUUAUUUUGUUAAGCAUUUUGUUGGUUUUUUUGUUUUAUUUCUGUGGUCUUUUCAGUUUGAAUUGAUAAGUCUUGUAUCAUUUGAGGUUCUAUUAUACAAGAGAGUUAAUAAAUUUUUGAUCAACCUGAUAUUAUCAAACAGUUGAUUUCGCUGUAUCAGUGCAUUUUGUAGCUAUUGUACCUUUAAAUUUUAGUUUUAUUGAAUUUUGUUUUCAAAAAGACAUUUUAAAGAAAAAAAAUUUAUUUAUAACUCGUUUUAAAGAAAGGCAUCUCUUGUAAAUUGUCCAUUUUAUCAAUCAAUGCUUUGAAAUAUUUAUGAGGGUCAGCAAGUUUAAGUUAGUGGUUUUCAUUUGGAUAUGGUCUUUAUAAUCGUAUGGUUCGCCUUCUUAUGACAAAAACAUAAGGAAAAUAAUAUUUUGUAGAUCCGUUCACCAAAAUGAACUUGCUCUGUCUCAGUGCCUUUGUCUGUUUGCACACAAUUAAGAUCAUGUGUUGUUGGUUUAGAAAUAAUAAAAACAACACAAAAGCCGCUUACAUGGAUGUCAUAAUGAACUGGGUGUUAUUUUUUUUAUUAUUAUUUUUAGGAUUCUGAGCCUAAACAGCAGAACUGUUGUAUAUAUCAUAUUCUUCAAACAACUUACAGCAUCAGUACAGGCCAGAAAGAUCUGAAUAGAUACGGCAAUUUAGAAGGCAAUCUCUUGAUAUUUGCCUGAUAACCAGUAAUGUAGAAUUGUGAGGAACAACAUUUCAGAUUUUUUUUUUUUUUCAUUUUAGUUCUCCCUGUUACUAGUGUUCAUAUUAAAAUAGGUUUUUAUUGGGCUUAAUUCAUGACUGCAAUUUGGGGGGAAAAAAAGAAACUUUAUUUUGUGUUUAUGGUUCCUCAACUUCUAGAUUUCGAAACAAGUGUUUCUCUUACUGUGCAAGAUAUUUGAGCAUAGGAGAAUUUUUAAAUACAUUUAAAAAAUGUGAAACAUUACAGUGCAAAAUAUACUCAUUUUUCCACCUUUCUUGAUGUUCACUGUUUAAUUUUGUUUUAAUGUAACUACUACUGUGGUUCUUGAAGAGAAUAUGGGCCACUCUCAGUUGUUGGAAAGUAUGUUUAGUUAAUGAAAUGCUGGCAUCAUAACCAUGUGUUUAUUAUCCAAAAAUGUAAAAUCCAUGCACUUACUACUGUAUUUAGAAGAGAGCAGAAUGCAAGAGAAGAAAGAUAUUUUACAUGGUAAAUACACUUCAAGCAUUGGAUGAAUGCAGUGCUAACCUACAUCUGUGAUGAAAAGAGUUGAAAAUUGUACUCACGUACCAAGUAUCAGGAAAAGCACUACUCUUUGAUGUUGAAAGUGUAUCUGUAACAAUGCAUGCAGAUCAGUUUUAAAUUUCACAUUUUUCAGUUAUAUAAAAUGAACAGAAAAGUUGUGCACCUGAGAGUGAAAGUGGAGGGUUCCCAAAGACUGCCUUAUAUAAUAGGUACAAGACAUUGGCUACCCUCUGAACUACUGAAACCUAAUCAUUAGUACAAUGGCAGUGUUUUACAGCAUUAGUGCUGCUGCUUGUUUGACAUAGCAUGUAUUGUAUGGUGUAGAAACAGCUGAAUAUGCUUUACAGGUGAAUAUCACACUUGAGGAGGUAUUUUUGAUGUUGGCUCAAGAAAUUUUAGCCAUUUAGCAGAGCACUGAAAGGGUUAAUAUCUAUAUUUAUGUUUGAAUCUCGCUUUGAGGAUUAUCAGCACUCCAGAGUAUCUUGUAGCUUGUGCAAGGCAUAGUGCCUGUCCUUCCAGUUGGAGAGGCUGAGAAGUCCAGGGCUGCAGUUUAAUCUUCCCAGUUAUGCAAUUGUAAGUUUUGGGCAGUUGAAGCUACAGAUUUGCCAGAAUUCAUUUUCAAAAAAGAAAACAGCUUUUACAACAAUUUUAUAAGUAUGCAUCAGUGGUACUAGUUCAAAAUGUAAAUAUUCUAUUGCGUGUUGAAGAGUGUGAAGCAAGAAAAAUAAAAUUUCAGAAAUUAAUAAUUUCCUCAGCGAGAGCUGUGUUGGUAAUACUAAAUUUAACAAACAUUUCAACGAUCUUAUGCUAAAUUUAACCUUUGAACUACAUACAUUUAUUUUCAAACUUCCAAAACACAUCAGAUUAGCAUAAGAAUUUUUUCUUUCUUGUUGAGCUUAGCAAUGUCCUAGGCUCAGGUUACAAUGAAAAUUAUUGGCAAUUGUUUCAUUGUUGGUUUUGGAGUCAAUUUUUCAUUUACUUGUACCAUCAGUUUUUGUUUAGAUGUUAAGGAUAAAAAGAGGAAGGUAUUUUUAGGAUGGUUUCUUCUAUGGAGAAAUAAAUUAUGUAUAUGCAGUUAAGUCUGUCUGAAUAUGCAUGUCAGGAUAAUGCAAACCCUAGUUCUUUGAACUCAUUUGAUAUAAUAUUAUCAAAUGAUAUGUUGGUGUCUUUUUUUUAUUAUUAUUUUUGCUCUCACUAGGACACCUGUUCACGAAGCACGUUUACCAGCUUUUUACUCUACCAGAGCAGGGUAGAUCGGUUCACAGAACAGCGGUUCAUGGACUCGGAUAGGCCUACCCAAAGCCCUUUAUCAGACGACAUUUUAUGCGGUGUCCCCCUUCCGUUAACUGUCUCCCAUCUGGAGUCAGGAGAUCAUGAUUGAUAAGUUUAGUCAACGUGAAUAUGAUCUUCUUUUUUUUUUCUAGAACAACAAACGGAACCAUUAUGAUACAGAAGUCUUCGUCGGUAAAUAUAUCGUUUUCAUCGAAUUCCUAAUCUGAGAGAAGGAGACGUCACUAAAGAAAAGGGGGGAACUAAACUUUGCAUUCGACAUUGUGCCUGGCGGUUUUCUCCGCUGGUUGGUUGUUUCCGAAUGAAAAUAAGUUAGUGUGUUUGUCUAAUACAUCAUUUGGUCAGAAUGAAUAAAUUCGACUUUCCAUAACUUCUUGCGUGCUUUUGCGAUUCUUUUUCUCGUUUUUAGUUUCACGGAUCUCACGUCUCGCCCUUUGACCCAAACACGUAUGAUGGGGAAUCCCCGCCGGCCGUUUUACUUCCUCGGCGGCUUAUGAAUCGGGUUCACCUCCUUGGCUAACAACUAGCGAACCUCUACCCAAGUUAGAGCAGUUUUACUCCAGGUAAAUUACCAUGCCCUUGAAUAUAAAACCAGGUUUUUAUGUCCUGCAUAAAUCAAAAGUAUAUUUUAUAUUUUCGUAGAAGUUUUAUUCUGUUCCAGAGUUACUAAACUAAGAGAAGCCGUUACCGACGUUUAACUAUGACUAUGUGGGUGCAGCUCACAUACGCAGACAUAAAAGAAAAUGUGUUCGGAAGGCUAAAAUCCAUUGUAAAGGUCCAGUGAGCCAAUCUAAACAUGCUCGUGUUCAGAGGGUAAAACACAAGCAGAACAUGCUUUGUAGCCAGCAACAAGCAGAAGUCUAUAAGGAGAACAACAUAACAAUGGAUGUAAUCAGCUGUACGUCUCAUUUGUAGGUGGAGUCUUAUUCAGCUACAUUUAGGUUACUUCGUUUUUCAUUCAAAAUUUCGCGCAGAACCAUGUUUCAACUGCAAAAUGUAAAACCCAUUGACCGAUGGAUCAUAAAAAAUCUCCGAUCCUUUUUUUAUUUUACUUUAUUUUUUGUAAAUAGAGGCGUGUGAAUUUUUUCAUUUUCAUUUAUUAUUUUGGAUUCCUAGUUAUAAAAGCAGGAAUCUAAGCAUCAUAUUCCGAGCUCACAUUUUCCGCCCUCCGUUGUAGUUAGUAUUUUCAAGAGUUCAGUAACGAAGACCAAAGAAGUGUCUUCAAGAGUUUAGUUUUGAUUGGGUCCUGUGUAAGUGUGACAGCGGUGAUAUGCCAAUAAUUGAAAGCCAUGUUCAGGAGUGUGCAGAGCAGCACGUAGUUGCUAUUUCUGAGUAUCUCUUGUGGUAACUUGUUUCCUACUUCUGACUUCAUGCCUCAAAAGAAGGAAGGAUAUGAUGACCGUGUUAAUACUUGCUUAGUGUCACUUGUUACUGAUUGAUGAUGUUACAAAUUAAAGAUGAAAUGUG